GGGGAAAGGGGGCUGUAAUUAGUCGAAGGGGGCAGAAGGGUGUGUGGGGAGGGGAGACGGGCGAACGAGGAGCAGGUGAGGGUUUCUUCGGUGGCUGUCGUGGUGCUGCCUGCCUGCCUGCCUGCGUGUGAACAGGAGGAAGGGGGGGCGGCGGCGGCGGCGGCUGCUCGCUUUCCUCCUCCUCAUCUGCAAAGGGGCGGCUGCUUUUCACCCCCCUCCGCACCCCACCCCCCAAUCCCGUUGCCCCGUUACUCUCCCUUCCUUCCCAGUCCCCACCGAGUUGUUUAUUCGCUUCGGGUUCGUGCGGGAGCCAUGGAAGUUGGCGGCUAAAGGAGACCCAGCGCCCCCACUGGAUAAGUAUUAAGAUCAUGGAGCCCAAAGAAUCACUGAAGUCCCCAGGAGGGAAGGAAGGAGGAAAAAGUGCUCACUUCCGUGACAAAGGAGGGAUUGUAAUAGACUUUAAUCCAUCCUUCAGGGGUGGUGCUGCUGUCAAGACUCUUGCAUCUACAUCUCCCCUGCCUGCCUCUUCUCAGUCUGACUCCACGCAGCAACCUGUUCUGUGUGAUUUGUCAAAGGGAUUAGGAAGCAAUGUGCCGCAGCCAGAUCUCUCCAAAGCAGUGUCGCUCUCAAUGGGAUUGUAUAUGGGUGAAACAGAUGCAAAAGUGAUGGGAAACGAACUUGGAUUUCCUCAGCAGGGCCAAAUCAGCCUAUCUUCAGGAGAAACAGACUUGAGGCUCCUUGAAGAAAGCAUUGCAAGCUUGAAUAAGACCUCAAGCCUGGGAGAAGGCUCAAAGGAUACCACAUCUAUCGAUGUUCCCCUAGAAACAGAAUUUCCAAGCAUGUCUAGUCAUGAUCUCACUUUAGAUCAAGGGGCUUUAGCACAAGGCCAGGUUGGCACUAAUGGUGGCAACUUGAAGCUGUUUUCUGAAGACCAAAGCACCUUUGAUAUUUUGCAGGAUUUUGAUUUGCCACCAGUAUCGCCAGGAAAAGAAACACAUGGAAGCCCUUGGAGAAUGGACCCUGUGCUGGAUGAAAGUAGCUUGCUUUCACCUCUUGGAGAUGAGAGUUUUCUCCUUGAAGGAAAUGAAAUGGAGGACUGCAAACCUCCCAUUUUACCAGAUACAAAGCCUAAAAUUAAUGAGAGUGGGAAUAUUUUGCCCAGCUCAACAGUGCAGAUGCCACAAGUGAAAACUGAGAAGGAAGAUUUUAUUGAACUGUGUACCCCUGGUGUGAUAAAGCAGGAGAAAAUAGGCAACAUUUAUUGUCAGGCUAAUUUCUCUGGGUCAAGUUCGCUUGGAAAUAAAACAUCUGCCAUUUCUAUUCACGGCGUCAGCACUUCUGGAGGACAGAUCUACCACUAUGACUUGAAUACGGCAUCUGUCACUCAGCAGCAGGAUCAGAAACCUGUUUUCAAUGCCAUUCCAUCUCAUCCUGCUUGUUCAGAAAAUUGGAAUAGAUGCCAAGGUUCUGGGGAUGAUGCUCUUACAUCAGUGGGGGCUUUGAGUUUUUCUGGCAGAUCUGUCUUCUCUAAUGGGUAUUCAAGCCCUGGAAUAAGAUCUGAUGUAAGCACUUCACCAUCUACCUCUUCAACAACUACGGGACCACCUCCCAAGCUCUGCCUUGUUUGCUCAGAUGAGGCUUCUGGGUGUCAUUAUGGUGUCCUAACUUGCGGCAGCUGCAAAGUAUUCUUCAAAAGAGCUGUGGAAGGGCAGCACAAUUAUCUCUGUGCGGGAAGAAAUGAUUGCAUUAUUGACAAAAUUCGGAGAAAAAACUGCCCAGCUUGCCGCUACCGGAAAUGUCUUCAAGCUGGCAUGAAUCUAGAAGCACGAAAAACAAAGAAGAAAAUAAAAGGAAUACAGCAAUCCAGUGUGACUGCAGGGAGAGACACUGCUGAAAGUUCUGGAAAUAAGGCUAUAGUUCCUGCCUCCCUACCACAGCUGACUCCUACCCUGGUUUCCCUACUGGAAGUUAUUGAGCCAGAAGUGAUGUUUUCAGGCUAUGACAGCACAAUACCUGACACAACUUGGCGUAUAAUGUCAACUCUGAAUAUGCUAGGCGGAAGACAAGUUGUAGCUGCAGUGAAAUGGGCAAAGGCAAUACCAGGUUUUAGAAACUUGCAUCUGGAUGACCAAAUGACCCUUCUGCAGUAUUCGUGGAUGUUUCUUAUGGCUUUUGCUCUAGGAUGGAGAUCAUACAAACAAUCUAAUGGAAGUCUGUUGUGUUUUGCACCAGAUUUGAUAAUUAAUGAGCAGAGAAUGAAUUUACCUUGUAUGUAUGAACAAUGCAAACGUUUGCUGAUGGUUACUAAUGAGUUGGCAAGGCUUCAGGUUUCUUAUGAAGAAUACCUCUGCAUGAAGACUUUGUUGCUUCUCUCUACAAUUCCCAAGGAGGGCUUGAGGAGUCAGGCUCUGUUUGAUGAAAUUCGUAUGACCUACAUCAAAGAGCUGGGAAAAGCCAUAGUGAAGAGAGAAGGGAAUUCAAGCCAGAACUGGCAAAGAUUUUAUCAACUGACAAAACUCUUGGACUCCAUGCACGAUGUGGUUGAGAAUCUUCUAAGCUUUUGCUUCCAAACGUUUUUGGAUAAAUCAAUGAGCAUUGAGUUUCCAGAAAUGUUGGCAGAAAUCAUCAGCAAUCAGUUACCAAAAUAUUCGAAUGGGAAUAUCAAGAAACUCUUAUUUCAUCAGAAAUGACUGCCUUAAUACAGAUAGAUUGCCUUAAGAAAAAAAAGUCAAAUUAUAGCUUCUUUUUUAUGAACUAAAAGACUUGUUAAUUUUGUCCUUGCAACUAUAUUGGGUGUUCUUGUUUUGUUUCAUAAUUAUGCACUACAUGUGGUUUACAGAGGGCCAAGACCUAGGUUUCAGAAGCAGAUGCCUCAAACUGAAUGAUUACAGGAAAAAAGGAAAGAAAGGAAAUGUUGUUUGGGAUUUUUUGCUCAACAUGUAUCAUCAUACUGGCAGUAUAGAAUGCACCAAAAACAGUGGUGUCAAGUUCAGAAUCUUCAUUGUCAACGUUCUGCUAGAAAUGUCUGCAAUUGGCUGGAUAAAAUUUUCUAGCUUUUUUUGUUUUGGUAUAGUUUUCCUUUUUUUGUAUAGUAAAAGUAGCAUUUUUGAUUUAUGCAUGUAACAUGAAGAACGUUUACAACUGUAUAUCAGAAAAGGGAAGUUGUGCCUUUUAUAGCUAUUACUGUCUGGUUUUAGCAAUUUCCUUUAACUUUAUAUACAGUGAAGCUUGCUCAUUUUUUUCUUACAUAAUUUUUGUAAAACUUCAAGAUGCCUAUUGUACAGCUGUUUUUUAAAGUGGGGCAGCUCGUAGCUUAAUGACCUCUAAAUAUUACUCUAAGUAUACUCAUAUGAAAAUAGGUUGGCUUUUCUAAUCUGAUUCAGACUGUCAUAAUAACCCUUCUAAAUCUGGCCUAUAUGUUCAGCUUUCUUCAGUGUGAGAUAAGGAUUGAAAAGUAUUCCAAAUCUAACUUGAAUACUGGUAAUGCUUACUUUUGCUAUUGGUCAAACAUGUUCUAAAAGCUACUAGGGAAAGUAGCUCUGUCUUAAAACUGUGUGAACACCAACGUACUGGGGGGGGCAGCCUGCAGAUUUGCAUUUAAUGCAAUAGCCAUAAUUGUAACAAUUGUGGGCUGAAUUGACAGUUUAAAAGAUCAGUCUCAACUGCUAAAUCAGGAAACCUUCAGGAAAAUAUGCAUUAUUGUUUAAAAGUUUACUUCUACAUGGAAAAAUUAACAUUUUUCCAUAUUCAGUUUACUGCCAUAUAAGUGUGUACUUCUGUGUGUAUGAGUGUAUAUUAUAUAUACAAUGGCCACAAUCCAGAUCAGCUGUAAAGUGUAGAACAAAACUAACAUGCACAGAAUUGACGUGUCUGCUGUACUUGGAUGUAACUAAGAAGCAGAAAAAUCUGUUUUUUUUAAAAAAAUCAGAGAACAAUAUUGGUAACCAAUUCAUAUUUUUCACAGAAAAGUGCAAAGUUGCCUCUAUGGGGUUUAAAAAUUGCUGGAUUACAGCAGUGGCCUCAUUCCAGAGAUGUAUCCCCACCAUCACCUAAAAUAUGACUGGCACCACCAACCAGUUUUGAGUAUCUGUUGGGAAGGGUUGGGGUUAUGUAUGGAGUGGCUCAAAAUGAAUAGUGCUGUUAAUCUGUUGGACAGAGCACAUCCAGUGCAGAAGUGUCUCUGGGCCCUAAACACAAGGGCCUGUCCUCAAAGCAACGUUUUGCACUUCCCAUUAAUCAGAUGAAUAAGCAGAAAGAAGCCAGUAUCUGCUCAUAAAUUGCUCACUGGAUUGGGGCAAGCAUGUACAAUCCUGACUCCAUUUUAAGUUGAUGACUACAUUGACUCACACAGUCAGGAAUUACAUAUGUUUGUAUGUACAUGUAUACAUACUUCAUAUAUAAAUACAUACGUAUAUAUAUAAAUAACAUUGAUUUACAAAAUAGUUAUAAUUAUGCCCAAUAUAUAUUCUGUUUAUAGUGAUUCUUAAAAGAUUUUACUUCAGAUAAGAUUUUUACCUUUAUGCAGAUAAGGAACUAGACCAAACUAUACAAAGAAGAAAGCCUCUUGCGGAAAACAAAACCCCAAACUUGUGUAUGGCUACGCAUCUGUUUUCACUUUUUACGCCACCCAAAUGAACUUGUCUUGUUUCCUGGAGAACGCGCAGAUUCCACUGCUGAUUUUAUGGUGUAGAGUAGGGCUUAGUCUCUGUACAGCUCCAGCCCUUCUGUAUCAAACUACCAGUGUGCCAUAAAACAACCAUGUAUGUCUUGUGAAUUUUUCCUUGUCAUCAUUGAUUUAUAUUUUAAACAAUUUGUAAGCUGUAGUAGCCCACCCUCUUAGCACCUUAGGAAUUUUCAGAAGAUUUAAAAUGCCAUGCCACUCUAAAGAAAGAAGAAAAGAGGGCAUUUGCUCUAAGUGGCCUAAAUAUUUCUGUUAAAAAUGGUGGGGUUUAAUAAUGUAACAGAAGCUAACAAUCAAAAUAUAUUAUGAAGCUACUAAUAUAUUUUUAUUUACUUGUAUUUUCAAAUAUAUGUCAUUCAGUAGUGUUGUUUGAAAAAAAGAAAGGAAGGGCUACUACAGCUUUUAAUGCAGUUUAUCAGAUUCUUGUAAAAUAGCUUGUAUAGUGUAUCAUAAAAAUGGUUUUUAGAUGACAGAUUGCUUUAUCAUGACGUGAUAUAUUUUUUCUAGGGGUCACAAAAGUGUUGAAUGGUAACCCAUAUAAAUCGUGGUUUGUCAGGAAGUAUUAAUCCUAGCAGCAUUGUUCCGAAGUAUCUAGAGUGGUACUCUAUUGUUUCUGUUAUUGUUUUUCCUUUUCUUUCCUUUUUUAAAGGAUUUUUUUUUUAAAAAAUGAAAGGCACUUACCCAUUAUUCAGUGGGAGUUCCUGAGGCUGAAGCAUAAACCCAUUCAACUGCUAUAACAAAAAGCAUGGGUUGGAAUCUGAAUGUAAAAAGACUCCAGCCUAUCUGCUUGGUCCCCUCACAUUCCAGGACUAAACCCAUAGUAGCUGUGCAGGUUUAUUUGACCCCACCACACACACACACAUACAGCAAAAAAA